CCCUCACUCGCUCACUUCCUCUACUUCUUAUUUUUUCUCAACUCCGAGGUCGAUCCGAGGAGUUUGGGAAAAAAAACCCUAAAUCGCUAUUUUCGAUCUCUCUUCUCUAUCUCUUUGCUUGUUCAACUUUUACUAGUUCAAGUUCUUCAUCGUUAUCUUCAGUCAUGGCGGGAUUAGCACCAGAAGGAUCACAGUUUGACGCACGUCAGUAUGAUGCCAAGAUGACUGAGUUACUUGAUGGACAGGAUGAUUUUUUUAAAUCAUAUGACGAAGUUUGCGAUAGCUUUGAUGCUAUGGGUUUGAAAGAGAACCUCCUUAGGGGCAUUUAUGCUUAUGGUUUUGAAAAACCCUCAGCUAUUCAACAAAGGGGAAUUGUUCCCUUCUGCAAGGGUCUUGAUGUCAUACAACAAGCUCAAUCUGGAACUGGAAAGACAGCAACUUUCUGCUCUGGUGUCUUGCAACAGCUUGACUAUGACUUGACCGAAUGCCAGGGUUUGGUGCUUGCACCAACUCGUGAACUUGCUCAACAGAUUGAGAAGGUCAUGCGUGCCCUUGGAGACUAUCUUGGUGUGAAGGUGCAUGCCUGUGUUGGUGGCACAAGUGUUCGGGAAGACCAGCGCAUAUUGUCAAGUGGGGUUCAUGUUGUCGUUGGCACUCCAGGUCGUGUUUUUGACAUGCUGAGGAGACAGUCUCUUCGUCCUGAUUACAUAAAAAUGUUUGUUUUGGAUGAGGCUGAUGAAAUGCUUUCAAGAGGGUUCAAAGAUCAGAUCUAUGACAUUUUCCAGCUUCUCCCAAGCAAGAUCCAGGUUGGGGUAUUUUCUGCUACUAUGCCCCCUGAAGCUCUGGAGAUCACCAGGAAGUUCAUGAACAAUCCAGUGAGGAUUCUUGUUAAGCGUGAUGAGCUUACCCUUGAGGGUAUUAAGCAAUUCUAUGUCAAUGUCGACAAGGAGGAUUGGAAAUUUGAAACCCUGUGUGAUCUUUACGAGACCUUGGCUAUUACUCAGAGUGUCAUUUUCGUCAACACCCGGCGCAAGGUAGACUGGCUGACUGACAAGAUGAGGAGCCGAGACCACACAGUGUCGGCCACCCACGGAGACAUGGACCAGAAUACCAGAGACAUUAUUAUGCGUGAAUUCCGAUCUGGGUCUUCCCGUGUUUUGAUCACUACGGAUCUCUUGGCUCGUGGUAUUGAUGUGCAACAAGUCUCACUUGUCAUAAACUAUGAUCUCCCAACUCAGCCCGAGAACUAUCUCCAUCGUAUUGGACGGAGUGGAAGGUUCGGAAGGAAAGGUGUGGCAAUCAACUUCAUAACAACCGACGAUGAUAGGAUGGUCUCUGACAUCCAGAAGUUCUAUAAUGUUUUGAUCGAGGAGCUGCCUUCAAAUGUUGCUGAUCUCCUGUGAUGAGUUAUUUUUAGUAGAGAAAUUUUAAAUUUGUUUAGGUAAGUCUUGCAACUUUAAUUUAACGUUUUUUCCCCGUUUUAAUUUUCCCCUAGGUUCCUCUUUUCUAAUGACUGUUCGUGAAGUUCUAGCAAUGUUAUAUCAUUGCGAGAUUUUGUGCUAUGGCAGCCUUCAAAGUUUUCUGCCAAUUUUAUUUUGAAUGCCCAUUUUUCUUUUCUUGGUGAA